AUGCCAUUCAGUCGAACAUCGGGCAGAAAAAUCUGGCAGCGACCAUUUGGUGGUGCAACCUACAACUUUGGCAAAGGUGGAAUAGCAAGUCGUACUUGUUGUGUCGCUGAUCGAACAGGCCAUGCCAUUGGUGUUGGAAAUAAAAAAGAUCAUAUUUUUCUUCAAUUGAGUCAUCUGGAUCCAAAAAUUAUUCAUGAACAAUUGCCAGGUAUCACGGAAACUGCACGCAUCUUUGCUGGUGCUGAUGUACUGAAGAAACUCAUAUCGGUCAUUCCAACUGUUCAUUAUAAUAUGGGUGGUAUGCCGAUUAAUUAUAAGGGUCAAGUUAUUCAAGAGCGAAAUGGAAAAUCUGAUCAAGUUGUUCGAGGUUUAUAUGCAGUAGGUGAAGUCGCCUGUGCUAGUGUGCAUGGUGCUAAUCGUCUAGGUGCCAAUUCACUUCUGAAUAUGUUGUCUUCGGUCGAGCAUGUGCCAAUACAAUUGCAACCGAAAAUAAGCCAGAUUACUGAUCGUGGUAUUAUCUGGAAUACCGAUUUAAAUGAAACACUUGAAUUACAAAAUCUUUUACUCAAUGCCAUGCAAACAAUUUAUGCAGCCGAAGCACGUAAAGAAAGUCGUGGUGCACAUGGUCGAGAAGACUCUCCUAAUCGUAUUGAUGAAUAUGACUAUUCGAAUAUAGAACAGAAUCCGAUUGCUAAUCAGAAAAUGAAACCUAUCGAUCAACAUUGGCGUAAACACACCUUAUCAUACACUGAUCCAUACACGGGCAAAUCAUUGCCAAAAAUUUGGAUGAGACACGCUGCAAAAACUCAACCACCAGCACCACGUGUCUACGGAGAUCCUUCUUAG